GCAUCACUUCACUUCUACGAUCUUGUCUCUAAUCGGACGUCCGCCAUUUUUGUCUUCCACCUAUACCUUGAAUGAUACUACCAGAGAAUCUAUAUCCGUAACAAAUACAAUCAUCCUCAUCACUAAUCGUUGCUUUAACAGCCAUGGAAGUUGUUCUCAGAUUCGUGGAAUCUCCUCCUUAUUUCGAACCGCCGCAACAACAUUCCGAUUCGUCUCGACCGACCUUAGGGUUUCCUCUCGGCACCGCCUUACUAUUGAUCAUCAUAUUCAGCCUCAGCGGUUUCUUCUCAUGUUGUUACCACUGGGACAAGCUCCGGCAUCUCCGCGGAUCUGAUCUCGAUUCCGACGACUCGCCUUCCAAACCGAAUACUACAUUCUCGGAAAAGAAUGAAACAGAGAAACAGAGUUUGCCGGUAAUAAUGCCGGGAGAUCGAAUUGCGAAGUUCAUAGCAUUGCCGUGUCCGUGUGAACCGCCGCGAGAAGUGAAGAUCACCGUAGAACAGGUUCCGAAGCCAUCGAAACCACCGCAUAUAGUUGUUCCUAUGUAUUAAAAUUCAAAUCAAAAUCCCUCCAUUUUCAUCUGUAUAUAUUCUUCUGAAAUAUGAAAUCGAAAUCGAUGAUUCUUCCGAACUCU